AUGACGGACCAAGUUGCGCAUAAUCGCCUUGAUUACCUGUGGGCUGCUGCAGUUGCCGAGAACGACCUCGCCUUCAACGUCAGCAAGUUGAAAUCGAUCCAGGCGUUCGUUGACGCGGUGAUCAUGUACGCGAAACCGUACACCCUCCCAACCCCGUACAAGGUAUCCGGCCCAUUGCUGGACAAGCUGAAGGCGGACUCCGAGGACCUGCUGCGGCCGGUGAAGGAGAGCUGGAAGACCAGCGGGUGCUCGCUCUCCGUCGAUGGAUGGACGGACAUCAAAUCCCGCGGUUUUGUGUGUGUCAUCGCGCAAAAUGACACCGCACCCGUCAUCGUCGACAUCGUUGACUCGAAGACCGUCGUGAUGAUGAUCAAAGGCUCCGCCUCGGCCGUGGUCUUGUUCCGUGAGCUUUUUACCAAGCUCUCGUUGGUGCGGCCUGGUGCAACGAGAUUUGGCACCCAGGUCAUCAUGCUCGGCAGGUUCCUUGAGGUGAAGCGCGCGUUGAGGGCGAUGGAAAUCAGCGAGGAAUGGGAGGAUGUAGCGGUGGCACGGACGGAGGAGGGGAUGGAGGUUAGGAAGCUGCUUUUGGACGACGUUUUUUGGGACUGUGGGACGGCCGUGCAUCGCCUCAUGACUCCCAUCUACGAGGUUCUCCGCGCCGUCGACACACGGGCUCAAGUCAUGGGGCAGCUGUACGGCCUCAUGCUUGAAGCCACGGUGAAGACUAAUGCGGCGGCUGAGACAGCUGCCGCACACUUCAUCAAGCGGACGGGUCUGCUGUUGCCUAAGGACAGGAGCACUUUCCUCACCUCCAUCAAGGCGAUCAUUGCCAGGAGGUGGGACGCACAACUGCACAACCCCCUGCAUGCCAUCGGUUGGCUCCUCAACCCCCGUAACCAGUACAUUGGGGAGGUAAGGAAUGACAAAGAGAUUAGGAAGGGGGUGGAUGAGGCAAUCCAGGCCCGGGGCGGAGAUGUGCAGCAGCGCAUAACGCUAGCUGCACAGGUGGCUCAGUUUCACCGAGGGGAGGGCAGGUUGGGCUCUGACGAUGCCCGUUGGGCAGCAACUACCUUGGUGGAGGCGGGGCGCAUGACGGAGGCGGAAUGGUGGUUCCUGUUUGGUGGGGAGGUGCAGGCGCUCCAAGACCUGGCUGUGACGUCUUUGUCACAGCCAGUCACCUCCUCCGAAGUGGAGAGGUACUGGUCGGCGCUGGCACGUGUGCAGAGGCGCGACCGGAACCGCCUCACGGCGAAGAAGAUGACUGACGUCACCUUCGUCGCCUUCACCCGGCGGGCCCGUGAUGCCUUUGAUCGAAAGGCAGCCCUGCGUUCCAAGCUCUAUCAGGACCUGGGCAACGGCACCCUCAGGGAAGGGGCUGCCAUCAUCCCGGCCGAAGUGGAGGUGGAGGAAGGGGAUGCGGAGGAGGAGGCACCCGUGGAGGAGGAAUGCACCAUUGAUUGGUCGGAAUUUGGGAGCAUCGGCAAGAAGAGGAAAGGGAAGGCGGGUAAGUCAUCUGAAGGGAAGAAGAGGGGGAAGGGCAACGGUGCAUGCAAGGGAAAGGGGAAAGGAAAAGCAGGGGAUGCAGAGGAGGAAGAGGAGGCGGAAGAGAGCGGUGGGGAGGAGGAAGAGCCUACCCUGAAUCCCAAGGGGCGAUAUGCUUGGGAUUGCAGCGACGGUUCAAGUGGGGAGGAGGAGGAGGAGGAAGAGGAUGACGAGGAGUAUGACGGUUAG